AUGGAGCUCACGGCCCACUACGAGAGAUUGGGGUACUCCGAGCAGCUCAUUUCGCUGCUGGAUGCAGGCCUCAGCCACGAGCGCGCGCACAUGGGGAUGUACACGGAGCUCGGCGUACUGUACGCCAAGUACAAGCCAGAGAAGCUCAUGGAUUUUAUCAAGAUGAACACGGCGAAGCUGAACAUUCCGAAGCUCACGAACGCAUGCGAGCGGCACUACCUGUGGGAGGCGGCCGUGUUCCUGUACUCGCACUACGACGAGUACGACCAGGCGGCAAGCACCAUGAUGGCCCACAGCUCCUCGGCCUACACCCACGACAAGUUCCUGAUGAUCAUGCAGAAGGUGUCGAACAUGGAGCUCUACUACCGCGCCAUCUCCUUCUACCUGGAGGAGAACCCGAUGCAGCUGAACGCCAUGCUCAGCGCCAUCUCGUCAAAGGUGGACCACGCCCGUGUCGUGCAGCAGGUGCGCAAGGCGGGACACCUGUCGCUCAUCCUGCCCUUCUUGAAGUCGUCGCAGCAACACAACAGCACGGCCGUGAACGAGGCCAUCAACGAAAUGUACUGCGAGAGCGAGCAGCACGAGGAGCUGCGCCAGUCCAUCGAGGACUUCGACAAUUUCGACCAGAUCGCGCUCGCACAGAAGCUGGAGAAGCACGAGCUGGUCGAGAUGCGACGAAUCGCGGCGCUCGUCUACAAGAAGAACAAACGGUUCAAGCAGUCGAUCGAGCUGUCCAAGCUCGACGGCAUGUACCGCGACGCGAUGGAGACGGCCCGCGACAGCGGGAACGAGGAUGCGGCGGAGGUGCUGCUGCGCGGCUUCGUGGAGUCUGGAAGCAAGGAGUGUUUCGCCGCGUGCCUCUACACGUGCUACGACCUCGUGCGCCCAGACGUGGCGCUGGAGCUCGCGUGGCGCAACGGCAUGAUGGAUUUCUGCAUGCCGUACUUGAUCCAG